ACGAAUGUUCGUUUGAAUACAAGUAUUCGAAUAUUCGAUAGUAGUUGUCAAACGUAAACGUAGGUCAAAAAGUAAUUAGUAGAAAUUUGAUAAUUAAUGAGUUCAUAAUGAUAAGUAACUUUAAGAAAUGUAUUACAAAACUGAAAGAAUUAAGACCAUAUAUUGGAAUGCUUAUGCUUUUAUUUAUUAUCCCAGGUUUUAAAUUUUCGGAGGAAGUGAGAACAGGAAUUAUCAUCUUUUUAAUAUAUACAUUCUGGCUGUUCGAAAUUAUACCUCCUGUUAUUACGGCAUUAAUGCCUUUAGUCUUGUUUCCAUUUCUACAUAUCAUCGAAACUAAAGUUGUAUGUGAAUUAUAUAUGAAUGAUUCCAUCAUCUUGUUUUUAGGAGGACUUAUAGCAUCAAAUGCUAUUCAAAGUUCUAACUUACAUAAAAGAGCAACUUUUACUUUCAUGAUAUUAAUGAAUAAAGGUGCUCCUUGGUUAAUACUCGGAUUUAUGUUAAACUCUAUGUUUUUAUCGUUAUGGAUAUCUAAUACUGUAACAACAAUGCUAAUGGUAGCUGUUGCAGAAGAAAUUUUAGAUAACAUUAGAAGUAAAUCAGUGAGCAAUGAACCAUUAAAUGAAAAUAAGGAAGAUGAUUUCCAGAAUGAAGCAGGCGUUUUACAAUUUAAAAGAAUAAAACAAGCAUUAAUGUUGAGCAUAACUUAUGCAUCAAGUAUAGGAGGUAUGGGAACAUUAGUAAGCACUGGAUCAAAUAUUUUAUUCAAAGAAUAUAUAAAAGAAUAUUUUCCAGGAUCGACAGAGAUCACUUUUGCUUCGUGGAUUAUAUAUAAUAUUCCUGGAAUGUUUUUACUAAUGUUAAGUGGUUGGGCUUUGGUGACUUACGUAGUCAUGAAAUAUAACAAACAAAAAGAAGAAACCCGUGAUAAUAUUAUAAAAGAAGUUGUUUAUCAGGAAUAUGUUAGCUUAGGAAUUUUAACCUUUCAGGAAAAAUUCCUACUUGCAUUAGGAUUUUUCAUUUUAAUAACACUGUGGUUCCGAAAUCCUAAAUAUAUGCCAGGUUGGGUGGCAUUAUUUAAACAAGAAGAAAUACUUGUAAAUGAUUCAGUUCCUAUAAUUGCUGCUGUGAUAUUAUUUUUCAUUAUUCCAGUAGAUCCAAAACAUUUCUUACAGAGUCCGGCAAUAUUAAAUUGGAAAUUAGUCCGAACAAAUACAUCUUGGGAAGUCAUUAUAUUAAUAGGAGGAGGAUUUGCUUUGGCUAAAGGACUUGAAGUGUCAGGAUUGAAUAAAAUUUUUGGCAGUUGGGUUUUAAAAAUGCAUAUCCUUCCUGUAAAUCUUAUGUUAGCAAUAAUUGUUUUAUUAACAAUUAUGCUAACUGAAUUCUUCAAUAAUAUUUCAGUAGCAGCGUUAAUGUUACCAAUAAUUACAGAAGUAACUUUAGCUCUGAAAAUCAAUCCAAUUAAAUUUUUCAUACCAAUUACAUUAGCAUCGUCAUAUAGCUUUUCGUUACCUACAGCUAGUCAAGCUAAUGAAAUUGUUCGUAAAGCAGGAGAACUCAAAGUAUUUCAAAUGGUGAUUCCAGGUAUUUGCAUGAAUCUGAUAGCUUAUUUUCUGCAACUCUUCUUCAUUAACACCUUCGGCAAUAUAAUGUUCAUGUUAAAUGAAUAUCCAAAAUGGGCUGCAAAACGAUUUACUGAAUUUGAUUUAUUGAAAAUUAAUGAUACUUAUACAUUCUAUUAACAUUAUUUAAAUUCUGUUAUAUUUAUAUUUUCCAUGAAUA